UGGGACCGAAGCCCAACUUCAUUGUUCGCGGGGUGACUCUUCCCGAAAGGGCCCGUUGGCUGCGCCUGCGCAGUGCACGCUCUUUGUGCCGGGCUGCCGCGGGUGGCCUGUGGAGGAGUCCGGCCCCCGAGCAGCCGGAGGCGGAGCCUGAGAGGCGUGGCCGCGCCCGCCGCGUGCAGAUUGGGCUCCCGCAGGGCGGCGGGCGGGCGCGGGGCGGAGCUUCUGAUAACAACACUCGGAACCCGGGCUGAGCUAUUUGUUGCUGCGCCGCCACUGCCCGAGCCCCGGUCCGCGCUCUCCUUUAGCUUUUUCAGCAGCAGCCGCCGCCGCCACCCUGGGACCCCCGGCUUCACCUCCUCCUCCUCCUCCCCGUCCCGCAGAGCCACCUGCCUCCUAGCACCAUGACCGUCGUCUCCGUCCCGCAGCGGGAGCCGCUGGUUCUGGGCAAUCGUCUGGCGCCGCUCGGCUUUUCCGGCCGCGGUUACUUCGGGGCCCUCCCGAUGGUAACCACGGCUCCGCCGCCCGUGCCCCGGAUCCCGGACCCCCGAGCGCUGCCCCCGACCCUCUUCCUCCCGCACUUCCUGGGGGGAGACGGCCCCUGCCUCACCCCCCAGCCUCGCGCUCCCGCAGCUCUGCCCAACUGCAGCCUGACCCCGGCGGGAGGCACCCCGCGGGCAGCGCCGAAGAAGCGGCGGAAGAAGAAGGUGCGGGCCUCCCCGGCGGGGCAGCUGCCCAGCCGCUUCCACCAGUACCAGCAGCACCGGCCGAGCCUGGAGGAAGGUCGGAGUCCGGCGAGCCGCCCGAGCGCAUCGCAGGAGGGCUCGGGCCAGGCCGCUGCCUCGGCCCUGGGUGCUGCGGCGGCCACCCGAACGGAGGGAUCGAGCCCUGUCCCCGGGCCGCUGCAGCCGGCGGAGCCCGGUCUACCCCCGUCCCAGAGAGAGGUUUUUAAAUCAAAGAUGGGAAAAUCAGAGAAAAUUGCCCUUCCCCACGGCCAGCUUGUGUAUGGUAUACACUUGUGUGAACAACCAAAGAUAAACAGACAGAAAAGCAGACAUAAUUUGCCACUAACCAAGAUGACCUCUGCAAAAAGGAAUGAAAAUAACUUCAGACAGGAUUCUGAUAUGCCUGAUAGAAUUCAGAAGCAGGAGAAAAAGCCUUUUAAAAAUACUGAGAACAUUAAAAGUACUAAUUUGAAGAAAUCAGCAUUUCUAACUGAAGGAAGCCAAAAGGAAAACUACGCUGGGGCAAGGUUCAGUGAUCCACCUUCUCCUAGUGUUCUUCCAAAGCCUCCUAGUCACUGGAUGGGAAACACUGCUGAGAAUGCCAACCCCAAUAGGGAGCUGAUGGCCGUGCACUUAAAAACGCUCCUGAAAGUUCAAACUUAAAGAGUUCACAUUCCAAUAUGUAUGUAAAACAGUAUUCCCCAAAUUUCUGGACUCUAAAAUAGGUACAGAAAUGGAAAUUUGCCUUGUUGCAACACAGUGCACAAGAUGAGCUAAAAAGUUACAUACAGCUUGUAUUAUAUUUUAUAUUUUGUAAAUACUGUAUACCAUGUAUUAUGUGUAUAUUGUUCAUACUUGAGAGGUACAUUAUAGUUUUGUUAUGAAAGUAUGUAUUUUGCCCUGCCAACGUGGUAGGUGUUUUGUAUAUAUACAGUGGAGAAAUUUUAUGUGCUAAGGCACAUGGAAGACCGAUUUAUUUGCACAUGGUACUGUUUUUCUUUUUAAGAAACAGCUGUCAAAUCUCAAAGUGAAAAUCUAAAUGUGAAGUUUACUAAUGCACUACUGAAGUUUAAAUUUGUGGCACAAUCAUUGUGAACAUGAGGUUGUGUUUCCUUAAAUUGAUUUCUGCCAUCUAAUCUGUAACUAUUGGAAAACUAUUCCCAUUUUUACCAAACAUAAUUGCUGGUUUUGGUAUAGCCAUUUUUUCACAAAUUUAAAAUGCUUCUAAUUUAAUGCCAACAAAAUUGGUUGUAAUCAAAUUAUAAAAUAAUAAUUGGCCUCCCCCCCCCCCAAAAAAAGUCUUGACUCUUUGUGUAUGACUGUUUCUCAAGUUUGAAUGUCUGAUCAAAAGAUCUUGUGAGAUUUGAGUGGUUUAUUGGGUCAUCCUGUCUGGCUUCAGUUUCAACAUCCCAAGUGCUAAGGUCACAAGGAUGCACUACUUACUGGCUCCAUUCUACUGGCUUUAUGCCUUAUUUUCAUGCUAAUUCUACAAAACUUAAGUCACCUACUAAGUAGCAUUGACUUAACCAUGUCAUACUCUUCAGUGACUGAAAUACUUGGGUUUCCUAUAUUGGCAUUAACCUCAACCAAGGCAAGUGUAAUUGAAAAAAUAUAAUACUUGGGGAUUUGGUUCUGAGGAGGGCAGUACCAAAGGCUUACCCCCUCAAGACUUCAAACUCUGCCUUAGCUAUCUUGCUGUACCAUUUGAGCCUUCAGUCUUAUUUUACUAGUUCAUUGGUGAUCCAGUAUUGCAAAUUUUCUACCCCCUAGCUGGCUUUGAACCACAAAUCUCAGUAGCCACAUCCUGAGUUGCUAGGAUUACAGAUGUGAGUCAAAGACACACAACUAAAGCUUGAGAGUAAGUGAACUUUGUGGGAGACCAGGCUUUUAAUAAUGUGUGUGCAUCUGUGCAUGUACAUUUGUAUUUCCAAGAAAAUUUUACAACAAUAGGUAAUUGUCAUAUUAGACAAAGCUAAAGUGUGGCUCAUAAAGUAUUUCUGAAUAAUUGGCCAAUAUUUCCAUGCAGGAAUAGUACAUG